AUGAACCUCCUUCCCUCGAGCAUCGAAGAAUUCCGCAAGCGCUCGUACUGGAACGCCUUUUUCCGUUCCCGUGGAGACAGGGCCUUCGAGUGGUACGGCAGCUACUCCGACUAUAAGGCGAUUCUCGACUCCCUCGACCUGCGGGUUCCAGCGGAAAACAAAAGAGAGAAGCCCCGCGAAGAGAAAGAGAAUGGCGGCGUUCACGGCGAAGCCCAAGCCGAGUCUUCGGCGGGCGCAGAGCAGGAAAACGGGGAAAGAGAGAAAGUCGAAGGCAGUCAGAAGCGCGGCGCCCGAAUCCUCCACGUCGGAUGCGGAAACUCCGAGCUCGCGGCAGAACUCGUGGAGGACGGAUACACUUCAAUUGUCAACGUUGACUUUUCGCCCGUCGUCAUUUCGAGCAUGCGGCGACGCUUUCGCCAUCUCGGACCGUCUCUUGAGUGGGAGUGUCUCGACGUUCGCGGCGGUGCGUUGGCCAAGACUUUCGGCACGGAAGCCUUCGAUGUUGUGCUCGACAAGGGGUUUCUCGAUGCAUACAUUUCGCGCGAUCAGGACCACGCCUCGUCCUCGAACUGCGAGACAAGCGAGGAGAAGACAAGCAAGUGGGACUACAGAGAAGAGGCCCAGGUGUAUCUCCACUCCGUGCUGAAGGUGUUGAAACCCGGAGGCGUUUACAUCCUCAUCACGCUCGCACAAGAUUACCUAGCCAAGGAACUGGUACGGAGCCUGCAUGCCGCUCCUCUCGCCAACGUCAAAAUCUAUCCGCUGUCUCACCAGUCGUCUGCGCCAUCGUCUCCGCUUCCGUAUCUUCUCGCAUUCACGAAAAGAUGUUUCUCGGCCUCAGAGGAGUCCGCUCCAGCGUCUCGGCCUGUCAAAGGACAAGCUCCGCUCGCGUGCACAGUCGUCGCCAAGAGUCUCGGCACCGCGAACGAGACGUUCGCCAUCUGGGAGUUGCCGAAACGGAUCGUGGCCAUCAACAAAUGGAGAUUUUUCCAGUCGGCGAUUCACCACUACCAGCCUGGGUCUCGCAGCACGGUGUCUGUACACCGGCAGAAGCAAGGGGACGACGGCGCCGCGUAUUCCAUCGCAGUCUACGAUCGCGUUUCCCAGGAGACCGUCGAGGAGAAAAAGAAGAAAAACGGAAAAAAAGCCGACAAGAAGCGCGCAACUUUGCACCAAACUGCGGCGCUCCUGGUCCCUCUCGGGCAGGAGUGCUCGUGGCUGUAUGCAACACCUGAGGGAAAUGAAGAGCUGGCGUGCCAAGCCGGCGUCUCUCGCUUGCUCGUGGUCACAGCGGGCGUGGACAAUCUGCAUGCGUCCGCCUCGGGUCGAGACGGGCCGUGCAUCGGUGGGCAAAAAGCGUCGGUAUUCGAGGCCAUGAAGGAGGAGCUCGCGCCCUACUUGGCCGAUCUCGCGCUCCCCGGAGGCGGGGACAUUCCCGUCUUGGUCGUGAGCGAGGAGACGUCGGUGCAUGCGGAACUCGCGUGCGUGCGCUCGCCGUUUGCUGGCUGGGUGCUCGUGCGCGACGUGGACUGCGAAGAGGAUGCGGAGAGCGGCGCGGGCGAGCACAGCUCCUGCGUGCUCCGCCAAAUGAUCUUCUCGUGCAAUCCCCAAGCUGUCCAGUCGGAGGUUAAGGUGCGUCUUCCCGCCGGAGACAGCCAGGCGCCUCAGUCGCCGGAAUUCCUUUUUUGCCAGUCGACAUGUGCCUACCAUCUCGCCAUCGCAGCGGCCUUCGCCCUUUUGCCCGACGAGGCACUUCGGUGGGACUCCCUUGCGGAGCAACGUCCUCUCACUGCGACGCUCCUGGGGCUUGGUGGAGGCGUCCUCGCACGUCUUUUGUCUUGUUUGUUCGGCGCGUACUUUGACAUGCGCUUGGUGUGCGUCGACUUGGAUCCCGUCGUCGUCCAGCUUGCCACGCAGUUUUUUGGGUUCCAGGCCUCGCCGCCUGCAGUCAGUGCGGUCGUGGACGACGCGCUCUCCUUCGUCGGGGGACUCGAGACGAGUUCGCAAGACGUUUUGAUUGUCGAUAUCAACAACGCGUCUUCGUCCUCCUCGCUCACAUGCCCGUCGGAGGCGAUGCUGCAGCAGAGCGUCUUGGAGACCAUGCAGGCGAAGUUGAAGCCUGGCGGCCUUCUCCUCUUCAACCUUCUCUCUCGCUGUCCACACACGAAGGCGCAAAUCCUCGAGCGCCUAACUGCCCUCUUCCCUUUCGUAUCCGCUUUCUCCAUGCCAGCUGAUGUAAACGAACUGAUCGUCUGCGGCUCAACCCCCGCCUCGGACGUCUCCACCUCCGAAGAUCUGCAGUCCCGUCUGCACAUCCUGUUCUCAGGCGUUGGGGAAAGUCUUUCGCCUUCUGUCAGCAUGGAGGCUCGGAAACUCGCGCAGGACGCGGCCAGUUGGGUGCGCUGGAGUUCCCGAUGGAAACGCCUCAGCGCGGGGAAACGCGAGGACCCAGCAGCGUGA